CAACGGUUGGUGUAUCAAUCCGAGGAGAGCGCAACAGAAAAACAUUUGGAAGAGCAGAAAGUAGUGUGCUGCAUGUCGAUGCGCCCAAAGACUGCUGGAUUACACGGAUGCAGGAGAUGUAGCAGAGGUAGACAGAGGUAGAUCUUAAACUGUUGGAUUUUUACAUUUAUAACAGGAGGUCGAAGUGAAGACAAUGAUGAUCCCUGUGACAUGUAGGACAGGUCUGCAGGUGUGUUUUCUCCUACUCUUGGUGGGACAGACAGAUGGCAAAGUGACGGCACCGGCACGUGUAAAAGCAGCGCUGGACAAGCCCACUACACUUUUGUGCACUGUUUCGAGGGAACGCGGUGAAUUCUUGAGGCAGGUCCGUUGGCUAGACGACCAGAACCAGACUGUGCUGAGCUACCAGCCAGGAAACCGAGAUAGCGUGAGCGGACAACAGCACGUGGAGCUCGCCCUCUCACCCAAGGAUACCUCGGCUAUCAACAUUCGCAGGGUGGGCUUCCGCGAUGAGGGUUGCUACACCUGCAUAUUUGACCUAAACCCUUCAGGUUCAAAGCAGGGACAGAUAUGUCUCACUGUUGACGCCGAAGUCACAUCUGAGAGAAACAAAACAGCAGUGAGCGGCAAGAAGGCCUCCCUGUCAUGCUCCUUUGGUCUUCCCGAAAAAGUGCAGCAAAUACUUUGGAAACACACUCCUGCUCAAGGCGAAUCAACAGAGGUGGCCUCUGUUGCAAAACGGAGUGACCCUAUGAUUGAACCAAGCUAUCAGGGGAGAGUCUGGCUCUCUGCUUCCCUGUCACACAGUCAGCUUACUAUCCAACCUGUUGCCAUUGAGGAUGAGGGUUGCUACACCUGCCUCUACGAGACACAUUCUGAGGGAACAAAGAGCUCUAUGGUCUGUCUCUCCACCUAUGUUCUACCAAAACCUCAGGUGAGCUACAAGACCACUUCUCCAGGUGUGAUCGAAGCCAACUGCACCUGUGUGUCUCGGCCCCCUGCAGAGAUCGUGUGGAACGUGGAAACAGACAACCGCACCAUGGGCCCCCCUGUGACCAUGCAGCACCGCCAGGAUGAUGGGACCACUCUGGUCAUCAGCAUACUGACCGUCAAAUCAGGGUUGCUUAAAGAUGUGUCCAUCAAAUGCUUGGUGCAUCACAAAGGGCUCGAGUCACCCAUCGCUGUAUCCAUGAACACUAAGAUUGGCACAGCUCUCACCAUCCUGAUCUCAGUCACGACGGUCGCAGCUCUGCUGGUGAUGUCUUUGUGCUUCUGCCUCUGGAAGUGCUUUUUGCGUAAAGAAGACGAUUAAUCUUAUUCACGAAAGCUGAAAAGAAGAGGCCAUGCUUCUUAGGACCGUCCCAAAGAGACCUUUUCCUGCCGUAUCAUCAUCAUCACCACCAUCUUUAUGAGUAUGUGGGUGGAAAGGGAAGAUGCUCUCAAAUUCCUUAUGGGCUGUCCAGCACAAUCCUAUUUAUCAUCAACUACUGGAUGACAUUCAGCUUUGCUCUGACUCUUCCAUAGCUUUCACUUUUUUCUAUCUCAGCUCUGUAAUUGAUUGAGUCGAUGGCUGCACAUUCCACAACAGCAGCCUCUCUGUGCAGCUGAGUGUUGUGGAGUGAUUUCUGCAGAACAUUACAUGUCCUCAAAAAACCUUUCUCUGGUUUCCUCUGUCUUUUCAUGAACCUUAAAGAUGUGUCCUAAUGUUUUGUAUCUUUCUUACUUGCUAACUCCAGAAAACAUAACAGAGAACCACAUAUAUAUAUAGAUGUCUAUAAAUAGAUUUAUUGUAAAUCUUGUCUCUGUAGUUCAUUUUAAGAUCCGGAUGGGGUUAUAAGGUCUAUUAGAAGACCUGGUAGUGGUCCCUUUAAAUUUUUUGUGUAAAAUAUAAAGUGCCCUCCAGAAGUAUUUAUACCUGAACAACUAACUUUGAUGUAUUUUCUUGAGAUUCUAUGUGAUAGACCAAUACAAAGUAAUGCAUAAAGUUUUUAAGAUUAGAACCAAACGUAAUCUUUGAGCCUACUUGCAAAGCACUAAGUGUGACAGAAAAUGAACACUGCACAUUGCCCUGUAGACACAAUCUCCACAAUGAAACCUGGUGGUAGCAGCAUCACGUUGUAAGAAUGCGCUUCUUCAGCAAAGACAGGAAAGGUGGUCGGACUUAAAAGUUGCACUCCACAAAUGCUCACAGGCAAUCUGACUGAGACUGAGCUGUUUUAGCAAGAAACAAAUGGGCAGAUAUUACAGUCUCUUCCAUGUCAGUGGUUGCAGCAUGACAAUAUCAUAAAACGUUCAAGGGUCAUGUAUACUUUUGCAAGGCACUGGAUUUCAAAUGUUUUUGUAUAACUCUGUCUUUUUGCAAGUUUUUUUUUCUUUUUUUUUUCUUUGCAGGCACGUUUUUGUUAAAAGGUUAAAUUCCACGGUCAGAUGGCUUGAAUCAGUUGCUAAACCCUUUUAGUUACCUCUGAAGGGAAUGUGUGUCUUGCUGCUCACCAUGCAGUCUCGACGCCUUUAAAAAUUACUUAAGGACUACAGGUUAAACAUCUCAAAGGGCCAGUCUGUUCUUUAAAAAUCCUUUUCAGUCUGGAUCAAACAGACACAAACAUCAAAGCAUAAAAGGAAAUGCAAUGAAGCUUCUAGUUGAUUUUUUUUCCUUCUUUACAUUUCUACACUGGCUUGUUAUUAUCAAAGCUGACUUGGAACACUCUGCUUACUGUGAAGCGUAUGAUUUACAUUUUGUUUACUUUGUUGACAGACGUAAGAUGUGAAAGUCAUCAUAAUUCUGUUAGGAAUGUCAUAUUCCUGACCAAUCACACAAAAAAUACUAUAUUUGAACUGUAUUUCAGUAAAGACACAUUAUGAAAACUAAACACAUUAUGUAAAAUAAAUGUAAAAGAACAAUAAAAGGACUAAAAAACUAA